AUAAAUAUAUAUCAGAAAGACCACCAGAUGGGUAUGGCGUAAAUUCUAAAAAAUUUAUCCAUCAUGAUCUUAUAAACCCAACCCCUUCAGCCAGCAAAAUUAUAGAAUCUUUAGCUAAUAAUCUUUAUAAAAAAGUGUCAGAUAUGUUUUCAGCAAAGCCAGUGGAAUCGAAGAAAAAUAUUGAAGUCGACUUUGAUAAAGAACUGGCUGAUUGUAUAGAUAAAUUAUCAAUAAAUAAAGUUUUAUCAAAAGGUUUUGAGGCGGGCGUUCAUGCUAGUAGUUCAAGCAAAUCAUUAUCUAAGAAGAUAUUCAAAUCUCACAAGAUCAAUAAGGAACCUAAGUCUCACAAAAGGGGUGGGAGUAAGCAAACAGUUUUAGAACAAACUAUUCGUAAAAUUAUCCAAAGUGAACUUAAAGAUAUUUUACCUUCAUUAUUGCAGGAGCUCAAUUUUAAUAAUGAAAA